GUCAUGUCUGCGAUAGUGCGAUUUCGAAUAAUUCAAUUUUAUCGCGAAUUUUUUGCCUGAUAAUGUAGUAAAUUUGCAACUUGCAAUUGUGUUAAGUUCAAUUCCUCUAGUUCUAAUGGUCACUUGAAACGGGGGGUUUGUGCUCCAUUGCUCAGAAUGAGCUCCCAAACUUUGGAUGUACUUCGUCAAGGAAUUUGGGCAUCUUUAACAGGAGGAUGGUUUUACGAUCCCCAUCAAAGUCUAUUCUGCAACACUUUCCACCUAUAUCUAUGGCUAAUUCUGCUUUGUUUACCUUUUGCUAUCUAUGUUUAUGCACCACCAUCAAUAUUCAUUUGGGGCAUAUAUACGGCCAUCAUCAGUAUUCUUUUUUCCAUGAUAAAACUUGUAAAUAACACUUUACACAAAGUUUUCGACACAAAUGAAUGUCUUAUUGAGGAAUUAGAAGAUGAUAGCUCAGGUCUUCGCUCGCGGCAGCCAUCUUGUCUACAAAGGAGGGAAGAAGAAGGAAUUGAACUCCAAGUGUUAAGAAGUGGAGCUAAGUCUGCCACUGAAAUCAACAAUGUUAGACCGUCUGGUGGCUCUGAUGACAGUGUUGAUUAUUCAAGAAAUAAUGUGAGGGAUCAAGCAGCCAGUACAAUAGAUUUGAAAGUUGAUGUCCAUCGGAAAAAUAGUUCGGAGAGUAGCGGAGAAGAGCAAACUAAUCUUAACUUUGGUAUCACCAGGCCAGCAAACAGUGAACUAUGUCUGAUGAGAGUACAAGGUAAUACAGGAGUUAUCAUCCCCUUGAAAAUGGAACACAUUUCUGUUAGCAUGCCAAUUGAUUCCAUUUCAAACCAAACAAGUAGCUUACCAGCAAUUCAAAAAGUUGAGCCCAUGAAAAAAACACAUCGUCGCAACACUGCCAUCCUACCCCUAGACAAAAACAUGUCAUUCGCCAUCAGAUCCGUGCCACACAGUGUCACUUGCAUUGGAAGCAGUGGCCGUCGAAGAAGAUAUUCUCACGACAUGCGAUUGACUGAAACUCGACUCCCUGACCUACCAUCAGAAGAUUAUGGAGAGUUGAAUGCUGUGGAUUACCUGAGAGCUCAUACCGCAACCGAUGGAUUUGGUGCUGCCGGCAUCAUAGAUGAUGAACUCAAAAACCGCCAUGAACGAAGUUUGCCAUCCGGAAGAGUACGCUACUAUCUUCAUGGAUCCUCAGCCUCUCAAAGAUCUCGCUCUGAUCCUCUAUCCUUUACCAAGCUCCGCAACAAAAUAUUAACACCUAUAGUCUAUUACCUAAAAACAGGAGAUUUUGAGCAUCCAAUUAGAGAAACUAAUACGGAUGCCCUGAUGGAUCUGGAUGGAAGGAGUGGUGGAAGGUCAAGUCGGAGAACUCCACGUCCAAAUCACAGGAGUGGUCGCUCAGGUCAGCGGAGCAAUCGAUCAGGUCACAGAUGUCCUCGCACAGGUCGGAACACUAGAUCCAAAGCCCUUGUACAUGGUGAAGAAGGACAGGCUGUUAAAAAACAAGACAUGAGCCGAGAAUCACAGGAAGAGAGCAGUAACAAUGAUGAGAGAAAUAAGACCCUUCUCAUGGAUAAUAGCAAGAAUAAGAAUGAAAAAGUGAAAAACGAUGAAAUCUUACCUGAGGAUAAACUUGCUGAUUAUGAACAAGGUGCCAUUGGUGGAGUAAGUUGUGAGAACGAUCAAGAGGAUGGAGCCAUAUGCCACAGUGCUACAGCAAGUGACAUAGUGGAAGAUUGCAACCAAGCGAUAGCUUUAAUGGGUGAUGCAGAUGAUGCUGAUGAUGCAGAUGAUGACGAUGAUGAUGAAGAUGAUAUUGAGGAUGAUGAUGAUGAAGAUGAUGAUGAGGACGAUGAUGAGGAUGAUGAUGAUGAAGACAACGAUUAUGAUGAUUACACCGAUGGGGAUGGCGAUGAUGAACAGGAGAAAAACGAUGAUGAAAAUAACGGCAGCAGAUCACCCCUCCUUUGCGUUGGAGUCAGCGGAACAAUCCCCAGCACAAUAGCUCCUGCCUGUGUCUCAGUAGAUAUAGAUGAUGCUGAUAGUUUGCCUGAAAGAGCGGGCCCGGAUAUCACAGCAGACGUCGCCAAGUAUGGUAAAAUGUGGCUUGAUGUUGUGAAAAAGCGUAUUGACUCUUUGAAUGGGAGGCUACCGGCAUCGAAAGAUGUAUCAGUUUGCCCAUGUUCCGCAGCAGGACUCUCAGACAAAAAAGAUCAAGGUGACGGAGGGCCUUUUCCAUCGUCUCCUCUUUUUAUUUUGCCGCCCUCGCCCCCUCCUAGAUCUCCUUUCUCACUUCCUUCAGUGACAGAUGCAAAAGGAAUACAAGGUGCAACUCACGAAUCGGGUGUUUCUCAUGUAAAUGAAAAGAAAAGUCAGAGUCUUGAUGCAAUGUCAACUACUGUUACCAUUGAUGAAAGCUUUGAUCAACAAUAUGGAAAGAAAUCAGAUUCUCAGUCAGAAUUACCAGGCCUCUUUGAUUGGUUAUUCAGAAACACGGACAGUGAACCAGAUAGUUGCAAAGCUACAACCGCUGCCUCCUCUGCUGUGAAGAUUAAAAAGAAACCGAGAUCAAAAAGUACCUCUUGGUUUUACACUGUUUCUGAUGAUGAUUUGGCAACUCCUAAAACUAAUUUUCAUUUAACGUCUUUUAAGUCGAGUGGAAAGAGUAAAGUUGCAAGUGAUGAAAAUUCUCACAGUGAGUGCUCAAGACAGCCGUGUGUAUCCACUACAAAAAAUGAGCCUGACACUUGUUUUUGUUCGAGUAUAAACAGUUGUGAUAGAGUUUUGAAGUCAAGUGUUCCAGCUACCACCCAGCAGAAUCUCAACGACCCCAGAGGAACUCGUAACUAUCCAGAUGUCUUGAGUAAUUCGCCUAGUAGCUCAGGAAUUAGCACAAGUGGAAAUGAGAAUAAACCAUGUAAAUGCCCGUCACUUCAGGAGCAAGAAAAGACCCCAAAACAGAGCACUGGUGCAAUACCAAAGUCCAGACUCCACAGACAUCCUAAUCAAGUCUUAAAGAAACAUGCUUCUACAUCAACUUCAUCAUCCCUUUUAAGUCACGAUCCAAAACAGUCCAUGGAAGUCCGGCGUCGAACGAAACCAAGAAAAGCAUCAAGUAGACCUGCAGUGGAAAGUCUUUUGAAAGCAAGUGGCGAAGAAGAGUUCACAAACAAAUACCGCCACCCAACCCAACAAAACCGUGACACAAGUGAUUUGGCUGAAAUCCAGUCUCAGAUUGAUCAAGUCGCAAAUGAAGCUUCCUCUUCUGGCUCCAACAAUGAACUGAGCUCCCUUCUUCCAAAACCUCCCCUUUGGCCUUUAUCACCCUCUUUUCUGAAGUCCUCAACCUCUUCCACCUCUUGCUCUCAUGUUAUCGGAGGGUCCUCCAGUUCCAAUGACUUUAAGCGGUCCGAGCGACUGUUAAAACGUGCCUCUAAAACAUACAGAUCAAGAAGAACAAGAAACAUGGGUGAUCCGAUUGGACCAUCAAUGGCUCCAUCUCCCUCUGCAGGAGCUGGAGCCUUAUCGGGGAUGCAAGCUCAUAGUGCCGCCUCAAUGCAGCUUGCAGAACUCGUUGGUGGCACACAUCUUGCAUCAUCGCACGACGACACAGCAGAUGGUGCUGUUCAUGUUUUCCGAGACGAAAAUGGACAGUGGAUGACCUACACUUUCGAUGAAAAGGGCACUGGCACAGACAAUUUCAUUCCUCCGGGCCCUAACAAAUUUUUGCAAUCGCUUUUGGCGCAACAGACCCACCCAGAGAAUCGUCAAGUCACCAAAUCGCCACCAGUGGCAGAUGCAUUUAAUGAGAUAUCAGCUGUCGCAGAUGCCGGAGUUCAAGUUCCAUAUUUAUCUCGGAGAAUGUCGCUGUCAAGCGAUUGUUCCAGCUGCACUUCUCCUGUUCAUUUGUUACCAACAGUGCCUGCAAACUCUGCUGCCUCUAAGUCGCUUCUGCAACAUCUUCGUUUAAAUUCUAGUGGUGUUUACGUAGUUGAAUCUAUACAUCCUUUAAUUGCUCCUCCCGAAGCAGGGGUAUCUUUGUUAGGCUCGGUCUCAGAGCGAAUGCAAGAGAACGCUUCUCACCAGCUAGGUAUCGAACAGUUUCGAGAUCAGUUCCUUGCAAGUCCCUACAUAUGCCAGCGUGAGGCAGGAGACCGUGAAAUCGUCCGGAGUACCAAGUAUGAAUUCAUGAGUUCGAUUGACUCUCCGAAGAACGGGAAAAAAACUCAAAAAUAUUACAAUUACCAUUUAUUCCCAUGUGCUCCGAUUAAAAUAAAAUUUGAUCGGUUAGCUCUUCUGGCUGUCCUAGACCGGAAUUUAAGUUUUUUUGAAACUUUCUUAACCUUGUUUUUAGCCAUAGUUGUUGCUUUUUUAGGUUCUUUAUUAUUAUUUUUAAAUUUCUAUCAAGAUCUUCAAGCUUUCAUGUUCUGCUUGGUGAUCGCCAGCUGUCAAUACUCUUUGCUUAAAAGUGUCCAGCCAGACGCAUCGUCACCCACGCAUGGUUUCAACAGGAUAGUUGCAUUCAGCCGACCUGUGUACUUUAUAUUAUGCAGUGCCUUAGUCUUAAUAUUGCACUUGGUUCUAGUCACUAAACAAAGUUGGACCCCUUUUCAAAUAUAUGGACUGCUUUGUUAUCCUAGGGAAUCAGUCACAUUCAUGCGUGAUACGCUAGUCUCCUUUUUACUUUACUUUCCUCUUGUUUUUAGUUUCGGUCUGUUUCCGCAAGUCAAUACCUUUUCCAUGUAUUUGUUAGAACAAAUAGAAAUGCAUCUGUUUGGUGGCAAUGCGACUGCUUCAGCAUCUGCUGCUCUUUACUGCGUUCUUCGCAGUUGUUUGGCUGUUUUAAUGCUUUACGGUUUUGCAUUUGGGGGUCUAAAUGAGCCCAAACAAUCACAACAUAUUUUGUUCUCAAUAUUUUGCGGCCUCCUCAUAGCAACAUCUUAUCAUCUAAGUCGAAGUGCGAGUGAUCCGACACCAAUAUGGAACAUACUUAAAAUGCAUUUAUGGCCUGAUGAUGAUAUUGAAUCCAUUCCAACUCCAUCAAGUGUGAAAAGGAGUAAAUCAAGGAACAAGAUGAAGCACCAAGGUUCAGAGAAAUCAGCUAGUCAAUCAAAAAUUAGUGAAGCCAAAAGCAAUUCUUUAAACAGCUCUAAGAGUGCUGGGUCCGAUAAGAAACAAUCUCCAAAUUGCUCUCAGACAACUGUUCAAGAGCAAUGUUUAGACAAUGCAGAAAAUGGAUUUGAAGAGAAAGAUGAUCAAGAACUUGUAGAUCCUCUCCCAUCCAAGCUGCAAGAGUCCGUGAAUGCCAGACUGAAGUCAGAUCUUAUUAUUUGUACUGUUGCCGCUGUGUUUGUCUUUGUGAUUCAUUGCAGUGCGGUUUUCACUGCUCUUCAACCAGAACUCAAUCCGGUUCUUUGGAGUGUCUGUGGUUGUCUAGGCCUGCUUUUACAUUAUAUUUUACCGCAACUGCGAAAACAACUUCCAUGGCUAUGUAUAGCAAGACCUAUUUUACGAUCUCAUGAACAUGGACAAUAUGAAGUUUGCGGACCUGCGAAAAUUAUGUGGUUUGAAAAGAUGUUCGUGUACCUGUGUUUUUUUGAGAAAAAUAUUCUGUAUCCAGUUUUAUUCCUCAGUUGUCUGACAUCUGACAGCCCAGUCAUCAUUCGAAAGUUCGGGGUUGCCCUUGGUGCAUUUAUUGUCACUGUUUGCGGACUAAAAUGUCUUCGCUCUUCAUUCUCAGAUCCUCGCUCUCAGUAUCUCAUUUUAAUUUUUUCUGUCUUAUUUUUCCAACUAGACUACGCUGCAAGCUCAGAAACUGUCCUUGUAGAUUACUUUAUAACGGCAAUCGUAUACCACAAGACUUAUGAACUGUUAUUGAAAAUACAAUUUGUCGUCACUUACAUCGCCCCUUGGCAAAUCACCUGGGGCUCAGCAUUUCAUGCGUUUGCUCAACCAUUCUCCGUGCCCCAUUCUGCAAUCAUGUUCAUGCAAGCCACCUUAUCAGCAGUGCUCUCAACGCCACUGUAUCCGUUUCUGGGAAGUGCAAUAUUCCUGACAUCCUAUCCUCGCCCUGUCAAGUUUUGGGAACGAGACUAUAAUACUCGCAGAGUUGAUCAUUCGAAUACUCGCCUGUCUUCUCAUCUGGAAAGGAACCUAGGAGCUGAUGAUAAUAAUCUGAAUUCAAUUUUUUACGAACAUUUAACACGAUCGCUUCAGCACUCAUUAUGCGGUGAUUUAAUUCUCGGUCGUUGGGGACCUGUCGGUCAAGGUGAUUGCUUUGUCUUAGCAUCAGAAAAUCUAAACUGCCUUGUCCACAUAAUCGAACUUGGAAACGGUCUAGUCACUUUUCAAAUGCGCGGAUUGGAAUUUCGAGGAACGUAUUGUCAACAACGUGAAGUUGACGCAAUCACUCAAGGUGUGGAAGAAGACAAGGGAUGUUGCUGUUGCAAGCCCGGUCAUCUUCCAGACAUGCUUUCUCUAAACGCAGCUUUUAGUCAGAGAUGGCUGGCUUGGGAAGUAACGCAAACAAAAUAUGUUCUCGAAGGAUACAGCAUCUCGGACAAUUCGGCAGCCUCCAUGUUCCAAGUGUUUGACUUCCGCAAAGUGUUAGUGACCUACUACGUAAAAAGUAUCAUCUUCUAUGCCGUCAGUUCUCCAUUACUUGAAAGUUGGCUAUCAUCAUCAACCAUUUUAGAUGCCUUAAAAUCAACUCUAGACCGGAAUUUUGUCGAUUUAGAUCCCAUUUUCAGCAUGAACAUCGAUGAAGACUACGAUUUUCGAGCCAGUGGUAUCACAAGAAAUAGUUUCUGUGCUAUCUACUUAGAGUGGAUUCAGUUUUGUGCAUCUAAACGAUCAAAACCACUAGGAGACAAAGGCCGUGAUUCACCAUUAGUAUCUCUUUGUUUUGCUCUGAGUUUGCUUGGCCGACGGACAUUGGGCGCAGCAUCUCACUAUUCUGUUUCUAGUGUGGAGUACUUUUUAUAUGGUUUACAUGCGCUAUUCAAAGGAGAUUUCCGGAUAACUUCCACUCGAGAUGAAUGGAUUUUCUCAGACAUGGAACUUCUUAAGAAAGUAGUCGCACCAGGGGUUAGGAUGUCUCUGAAACUACAUCAAGAUCAUUUCAUGUCCCCUGACGAAUAUGAAGAUCCCAACGCACUCUACAGUGCAAUCGUCAGUCAUCAAGAAAAUCUUGUCAUUUCCCACGAAGGAGAUCCUGUUUGGAGAAAUGCCGUUUUGUCUGGCAUGCCGUCCCUCCUUGCCUUACGUCACAUACUUGAGGACGAUAAUGAUGAUUACAAGGUGAUAAUGUUGAACAAGCGAUACUUAAGUUUUCGGGUGAUCAAAAUGAACAAAGAGUGUGUAAGAGGACUCUGGGCAGGACAACAACAAGAACUUGUUUAUUUGAGAAAUUGUAACCAGGAGCGAGGAAGCAUUCAAAAUGCGAAACAGGCUCUUCGGAACAUUAUCAAUUCCUCAUGUGAUCAACCAAUUGGAUAUCCUAUCUUCGUGUCUCCUCUCACAACCUCCUACGCAGAAACAAACGAACAAUUAUGCAGUAUUAUUGGUGGCUCACUUAGUUUAGGCGCUAUGAAGCGAGCUGUUCUAAGAUUAUGGAACCGAAUGAGACGGCGGUGUAUCGAGGGUUGUUCCAGCGGCGGAUCAUUGCAACACGAUGAUGGUGGUUUCGGUCAUGAAGGCAUGUAUGCAAUGACUCCGUGCAAUAUUCACUCAGGGUAUAAUCGAUCAACUCCUGCGAGUCAAUCCAUUGAAAGCACCAUCAUGGGAGGUGGGAGUAUGGGCAGAAUCAACCGAGGUAGUUUAGGUAGCACAACAGGGAAGCCAAGCUCAUCAACGCUAGCUAGUUUGGCUGGACUCCUGUCAUCAUCCCAGCAACCAUCCGCAGAUAGUAAUUCCAAAACUUCAACCACCUCCAACAACAAUCCUUCUAUAUCAAAGGAUGACCAUGAGAAAGAACCUCUACAGCAACGAGUUCGAAUUGUGGAUCCCUAUCAAGUGUAUGAUGCUGUAAAUUUGGGGCGACGGAUAGAUGUCCUUUGGCCUGAUGAGAGGAUGCGGCAGCAAGGUGGCCGUACUUUUUGGCAAGACUGGAUACCCCAAACUGGAAUGGAAGGACAGGUUGUUCAUCGCUGGAUUCCCAACCAUAGAGAUCCAAACCGGAGGUCUCACGUUGAUAAGACUGUGUUAUUAGUGAAAAUAGAUGAUAAGUAUGUGCCCAUUGCAGAGAGUGGGGUCCAAGAUUUAGGAGCUGAAGUCUGAACCUCUAUCAAAGUCAUCCCGUCCAUCUCUCGCAAUAGCUCUUAAAAGAGCAUGGUGUGGAAAGCAUUUUUAUUUUUCAGUUUCUUCCCAUUAUAUUUUUUCAUCCUUGAAUUGUGAAUGAAAAAGAAGUACAAAAUGCAACUCCAAGUUGCUGCUUUUCAGAUAAAUGGUCAGUUUAUCUGCUAAGAUAUGUCUUCCCAUUUAUGAAGCAGUUGUUAUGUAUAAAAGAUUGGUUUAAUUUUCUCAUCUUUUUUUCUAAUGUAAUUCUGAGAAUAUUAAAGAUGAGUAUCCUGUUAAUCUCAAGCUAGGUAAGGAGAAUAUUCUCUAAGAGUUAAAUUCACAAGCGCAAUGAAAAUUUACUGAUCCUUACUGUUAGAAUAAUUUUAAAUUUAUUUGUGACUGGUUGAGCCAUAAAUGUAUGUACUAUCGCUGUUAGGAAAUCUUGUCAUACUUUUCUUAUUAUUUUCCUAAACGAUAUUUUUUUGUCGUCAGCCUUGACUUGGAGAUCAGGUGUGACUGAAUACUUCAGUUGAAUUCUGACAUUUAGAUGUGUGCCUCCAUAAUCUUGACAUCACAGCACUUUAAAUUGAAUCAUCUGUCCGAUAUUUUUUUUUAUGUAAAAGUUUUUCACGGAAGAAGUAUGAAAAAUAUCCCUCUUUCCAAAACAUUGUGGUAUCGAUCUUUAAGAGAAUAAUCACAUAGCUUCAAAUUUGGAAAAUAAUCAGUCUGAUGCAGCUGUUUAGAGUCUUUCAAAUCUCAUCUGUAAUGGUCUUACCCAAUUUUGUUGUGUUAUUGCAAGAAGAAGAGAGAUAUAUAACAAUUUUUAAAGUCAGAUGUGA